AUGUGCCACACCUGCUGCUCCUCAGGCUGCCAGUCGGCCAGCUGCUCACCCCUGUGCUGUUGUCCGUGUUGCCCCUCCUCCUGCAGCUUGGCUUGCUGUGUGCCCAGCUCCUGCCAGACAGUCAGCUGUAUGUCUGUGAGCUGCAAGCCCGCUGUGUGUGUGCCCGUGAGUUGCAAGCCCGCUGUGUGUGUACCCGUGAGUUGUAAGCCUGCUAUGUGUGUGCCCAUGAGCUGCAAACCUGCUGUGUGUGUUCCCGUCAGCUGCAAGCCAGUUGUGUGCAUGUCCAUGAGCUGCCAGCCCACUAUGUGUGUGGCCCCCUCCUGCCAAUCUUCUGACAGCUGCCAGCCCCCCUGCUCCACUCUUCUCUGCAAACCCAUCACCUGUGGCAGCCCUGCUUGCUGCUGA